UACGUCGUUACUGUAGUGUUAGAGAAUUUGUUUAUUGAAAAGCAUCACAAGUACUAUUCAAACCUACUAAACCCUGGAAUUUGGACGCUUGGAGUUCAUAAAGAAUCUAAAUUUUGCGAGAAGAUGGAAGAAUACUAUGACGAUGACAGAGAUGAGUAUGCUGGGUUAAUGGACUUUGGAUCCACAUAUUAUUGCAAGGUUUGUGAUAUUUCUUGCUCUGGACAAAGUGCAUUGGACACACAUUAUGCUGGGAAAAAGCACAACAAGAUUUUGCGUAAAAAGGGUCUUGCUGUCAUGGACUUGUCCAGCAAUAGUUUCAAAACCAUCACAACUAAUGUUUUGGAAAACAGAGAAGAAUCGACUGCGCAACAAAACUUUCAUAGUCUUGCAAAGGAAGAACCAGUUAUUGGCCUUGAAUAUGUAGUUGAAUAUAGGAGAAAGGAUGGGGACGGUGCAAUAACUUUCUUCUGCGAGUUGUGUAAUGUUGCGAGUGAUUCUAACAUUGUCUACGACCAUGUGUGCAGUACAAAACAUCGGGUCAAGUACAUGAAACAACAUCAUUUUGAUCGAUACAAAGCUGUCACUGGGUAUCCUAACUACAUCAAGCAAAGUAAUUCAACGCUUAGUGAAAAAGCAUUCUUCCAUGCCAAGAUUAUAAUGGGUUUAUAUGGCGGGCCAGAGGUGAUUGCUUCUGUACAAGUUCGAGAGAACGAAAACGGCAAAAUUGGACAGCAACCAUGUGACAUUGUCGUGCCUUUCAAAAAGCCUAUCCCUAUAAAUGGUAUUGAUGAUAUAAAUCUGUCUCAAAAAGAACAAGAACUCCGGGAAAAGGAAGAAGAGUUAAACAGGAGAGAGGAAUUGUUGCAACAGCGCAAGCAGGUGGAUCCACUUGCUUUGCUAAAUCAAAGUAUUUAUGAUAAAAUAGUAAAGAAGAUUCCUGGAGUGGUCCCAAAACCUGGGACUAAUGAAUUUCUUCCACCUGUUUCCCAUGAUGUGGUCCAUGAACCUUCUCAUGAGCAGUUUCAUGAAAAACCGCCAAACGUUCAUGAAAAACCUUGGUUCGAGCAUGAAGAUCGAGCAGGACCUGCCGUGAAAAAUUUUCAUGGGCCUCCUAUGAAUGAUUUUCAUGGCCCUCCCAUGAAUAAUUUUCAUGGCCCUCCCAUGAAUAAUUUUCAUGAAAUGCAUCAUCCUCAUGAUCACCGCCCACGUUUCAUGAACAGACCACGUCACAAUUUUCCACAAAAUGGACCAAAUAUGGGUCGAUUUCCAUUUUACGCACCACCACCACGACGAAAUUUUUUCCCUCAUGGCCCCCGUCCGCCUCGUGAGUUUUUCCAUCAUGAGCGUGAUAUGCGAUAUCACGGGCCACCUCGACCAAUGAGACCACCUCCACCUCAUUUCUUACGUGGACCACAUCCACAUGAUUUUCUACCUCGUGAUUAUGAUCCUGUAUCACAUGAACUACAGGUUUCACGGGAAAGAGAAGAACAUCAAAACAGGCUGGUAAUUGAUUACUUGUUAAGUACGUUUGAUGACCAUGGGUUGGAGAGAGAAAUAAUUCUCCAAAUGAAUAACGUGGAACGAAAACAGCUUUAUCUGCUUGUUGUGGAAAGAAAGAACUAUAAAGACAAUUUGGCACGGAUGAGAGACAACAUGCGUCAAAUGGGAACUGUCCUAUCUAAACCAGAAGAAGAGAAAAGAGAAAAAAUGGAAAAUUUAUUGGUCCAGGUAAAACGAGAGAUACGAGAUCUGGUUACCACCACUAUGUCCAAGUAUAAGGAUCCUUUGCAACCUAGCACAAGCAGAAGACGAUCACCAUCCAUAGAGAGACAUGAAAGUAGAAGCAGAAAACGUUCUCCUUCAAUAGAUAGAUAUGAUCCUUGUAACUCUCCAAGGCGAGGUAGUCCAAGACGCCAUCGUGAAACUCGAAACAGCGUUUCACCUGAUCGUUAUAGAACUAAAGAUAGUCGGAAGUACAGAAGAUCUCCUGAGCGUGGUAGGCGAUAUAGAAAAUACUCUGAUUGUGAUUUGGAACGUGGUUCACGUGAUAGGACUCCACCCAGAAGGUCACGGGAGCGUUAUAAUGAUCGUGAGAGACCACGUCGUGAUGAAAGAGAUUCCCCAGAGGACCGUAGAGGCUUCCCCCAAGAUGAUGUUCCGCUAAAGCGUCACAGAUCUAACAGUAUAAUUGAUGUGAACACAAAGUCCGGUGUCACUGAUGCUCUAGAAAAGAUAAAAAUGGCGCUUCAAAAUCAACCAGCUGUGCAAGCUGCUCUUGCAGUCUGGUCUGGUAAAGCAGACAGCAGUAAAAGCACAGAUUAUGAAAGUAAAUCGCAAAUAGAAGAUCGUUCAAACAUAAGAAAAGAACAAAAUGAAUAUGAAUUUCGUGAAAAUGUGGACUUUGAGCAACCUAAGAAUCGGGAUAGGCCCAGGAAAUUACAGCAUGACAAUUAUCGCUGGUAAUUUUCAUCAUGUUCUUUUUUUAACCAUCUGUUAUUUAUGUUUAACUGUAUCUGCUACAAAUACAUACCAAUUUUCUGUUGCUUUAUUGUGGCGUUUUGUGGGAUACAAAUUUUGAUCUGUUAGAA